UUGUUCAGUUCACUGUGGGCCUUACAUUACUCAUGUGUACGAUGGAAGUUAUGUAUAUAGGGGUGUUCUUACUGCUUUCUGACUCUGUUAGCAAGAAAUAUCAGGGCAUUAGUGCUGGUGCUAUGGUUGCGGCAAUAGGCACUGCACGAAGCACGGCUCCUCUCUGGCUUGAUUUUGCUUAUGAAGGAGCUGGAAAAAGAACAUUUCUCCCAAUGCUGCUCCUAUUCUCUUUUAUAUUCCCCCUGUGGUUAGGGUUCCUGAUUUUAUAUCCCUGGAUAGCUGGGAAGAGAAGUCGUGCUCAACAAAGCAUG